AUGCCUUGUCCGACGGUGCGUCCUUGGAAUGUCGUCGUCGGACGGGCUAGACAGGAUGGGUUGUCCGUGGGUGGUUCCUCAUGGAACAUUGGUGGUCGAAGUGAGGGCUGCAUGUCGAAGCCCCCAGGGUGUCCAGAUCGGGCCCUGUCAUUGCCGAUCGGUAGCAUUGGUGUGAGGGGAAAGCAAAGGAGGAGUGGUGGUGGUAGACGGGUAGGGAUGUGGGAUCUACAACCGGAUCGUGAUAUCAGUGGAUGGGUAGUGGCCGGUGUUGGGGGUUGUUGCCGGUUUAUGACCAUCUCAAAAUUGCAUUUGGUGGGUAGGGUGUUGUCUGGUUUUGGCAGCCAGGAAGAAGUGGAGGGGGAUCUUGUGGAGGACGCUUCAAGCAGUGGAAUCGAGUUUGUUGUUGCCACGGCUACCGCCAUUAAAUCCUCUCACGGAAGCUUGAGAUGCUUCCUGAGAACAUUAACAAAGAGGCCUGAGACGCAAAGCAGCACCACCGGGUCUAAAGGCGAGUUGGGUCGGAUCCUCUGCCUCCUCUACGCCACCUACCACCCCAGAAAUCAAUACCUCCUCCACCUCGACUGCUUUGCUUCCCAGACUGACCGUGACCAGUUAGCCCUCAAGGUCCGAUCUGUUCCCAUUUUCAGAGCUGCCCAGAAUGUCCAUCUCAUCGGUAAAGCUGACUUUGUCUACCGAAAAGGGUCGUCUUCGAUCUCGUUCACUCUCCACGGCGCGUCGAUUCUGCUCCGGUUGUCAACCAAUUGGGACUGGUUCAUAAGCUUCACUAUUGAUGACUACCCACUUCUCAAACAAGACGAUCUUCUUCACAUUAUGUCAUUCCUACCCAAAGAUCUGAACUUUGUGAAUCAUUCGAGUUACAUUGGCUGGAAAGAGUCGAAGAGAUUGAAACAGGUCAUUGUUGAUCUGGAGCUUUAUCUUUUUGAGAAAAAUGUGAUGUUCUAUGCGGUACAGAAAAGGGUGUUGCCUAAUGCUUACCGGUUGUUUACAGAUAUUGGAGUUUCUGAGAGAUGGUGACAAAUCUGUGGCAGAGUUGAUGGAUAUUGGGAAACAGUUUCUAGGGAGCAAGUUCUUCGGGGUGUUCAAUAUCUUGAAAGUUAUGGUGCAG